AUGAAUUCUGACAAUUUUUGUCUUGUUCAUUCUACAGUCGCUCCAUCUUUAAAUCCAUCGUACUAUUCAAGUGAAUUUACAAUCAAUCAUCCAAUAUUCGCUCGUAAUGGCGGUUUCGGAGCUAACUACUACUAUGAAACUCUACGAGUGGCAGUCCCAGCAAGUGGCUUUUAUACUUUUCAAUGCAACAGCUAUAUUGACUCAUUCGUCUCCCUCUAUUACAUAAAUUUUAAUUCAUCCAGUCCGGCAACAAAUUUAUUUAGAUCAUUUGAUGAUGCAAACAACGAUAAUUGGGAGUUCAAUUUUACAAUAAAUUUUCCUUCUGCUUAUACAAUGGAUUUUGCUAUCACGACUUACAGUCCAAGUGUAACAGGACCAUUCCAAAUCGUUGCAACCGGCUCCAAUAAAGCGACUUUUGCCCGGAUAAGUAGCAUCGCGAACACAAGUACAACGUCAACAACAAAACUGACAGCAACUACAACAACAUCGACAACAAUAUCGACAACAACAUCGACAACAACAACAACAAAACCGACAACAACAUCGACAACAACAUCGACAACAACAACAACAACAACAAAACCGACAGCAACAUCGACAAUUACAACAACAAAACUGACAACAACUACAACAACAACAACAACAAAACCGACAACAACAUCGACAAUUACAACAACAAAACUGACAACAACUACAACAACAUCGACAACAACAACAACAAAACCGACAACAACAACAACAAAACCAACAACAACAACAACAACAAAGCCGACAACAACAUCCACAAUUACAACAAUAAAACUGACAACAACUACAAGAACAUCGACAACAACAACAACAAAACCGACAACAACAAAAACAACAACAAAACCGACAACAACAAAAACAACAACAAAACCAACAACAACAACAACAACAAAGCCGACAACAACAUCGACAAUUACAACAAUAAAACUGACAACAACUACAAGAACAUCGACAACAACAACAACAAAACCGACAACAACAUCGACAACAACAACAACAAAACCGACAACAACAUCGACAAUUACAACAAUAAAACUGACAACAACUACAAGAACAUCGGCAACAACAACAACAAAACCGACAACAACAUCGACAACAACAACAAAACCGACAACAACUACAACAGAACCGAUAGGGGUGUAA